AUGGCACUCAGGCUCAGCAGGCUGUUGCGACAGCCCCGGGCUGGCUGCGAUGCAUGCCGCAAUUUCUGCGCUUCCCCUGGGGCAUACUCCGGGCACAACAGAUGGUCGACGAUCAGGCACGAUAAAGCCAGGAAUGACAAGGUCAAGAGCAAGGAGCGCCAGCUAGUGGCCAAGGAGAUCAGCAACGCUACACAGAUGUGGGGACCCGAUCCGAAGUACAAUCCCCGUCUGACCCUCGCGUUGUCGAAUGCGAAACGAGCCUCAAUUCCCAAAACCAUCAUUGAGGCGGCCAUUUUGCGCGGACAAGGGCUUAGUGUUACGGGACAAGCAUUAGAGUCAGUGACCCUCGAGGCAAUGCUGCCUGGCUCCGUCGCAGCGGUGAUCGAGUGCCAAACCGACCAGAAAGCUCGCGUGCUGCAAGACGUUCGAUACUUAAUCAAGGACGGCGGAGGGUCAGUGACGCCAACAACAUACCUGUUCCAGAAGAAAGGCCGAGUGGUCAUGGAGCAAAAGGAUGGUCUAAAUCCCGACGGCUACUUGGAUCAGGCUAUUGAGGCGGGUGCGGCAGACCUCACGGCCGACGAGCAGGGUCGUCUGGUCAUCUUCGCUGAUCCAUCGGAAACGAAGAAGGUCGGCGAAGCAUUCUCAAAGCUAUCAGGGCUCAGCAUUGAGGAACUGGGCAUCUUUUGGGAUCCCAACACAGAUACUCUGGUCACAGUGAAGGACGAGUCGCAGACAAAAGCUCUCGAUGAUCUCUUGGCCAGCUUGCGCGAAGACCCCAGCGUUCAAGAUAUCUACUUGAACUCGAUCGAGAAGUUUUGA